CAGGGCUCGCCCUUCCUAAGAAAUUUCCCAUAAACUUCAAGUACCACUUUUAUCAAAAGAGUCUCUCUCACCUUUCCGUUCAUCUCAGCUCUCCAUUGUUGCUUCAAAGACCAAAAAGCUAACCUUCCUUCUUGCCCCUGCAGAAAAACCCAGAAUAAAAAGCAGAGAGAAGCAUCCUCUGCAAAUCUUGGGACGUGGGUUUCAGUUCUUCGAAGCAUCCUUGCGACCCAUCAAAGCUUUGGAUUUUCUAGGCUUGUCUGGUCUGCGCAGAAAGAGAAAACAAGAAAUGGUUAAUGCCUCAGAUGGUGUUGUGGGAGCAGUAUUCGGUGAGUUGUUUGGGAUCGUUAAGCACCUUGUGAAGACUGUUGUCGUGUUUCGUGGCAAUCUCAAGAAGAUCAAGGACACUUUGAGCUCCAUAGAACCGAUCAUCAAUGAGAUCGACAAGUACAACAAUAUGCUGGAGCAUCCGCAAGAGAUGCGUCCGAUCAAGGACCUUUUGGAGGAAGGUAAAGGACUGGUCAACAAGUGCUCGAAGAUCCACAUGCUCAACUUGUGCACGACGUAUACGCACUCGAAAAAGCUGACCCACUUCAAUGCGGCAGUCCUGGAGAAGUUCCAAAUUUACAUGCCCCUGCUGAAUGUGAUGACUAGCAAGGAGACAUCGGUAAAGGUGACGGAGAUAGGGGGAGACGUGAAGGAGUUGUUGUCCGUGCUAUCGAAUAGUGCGGCUCACCAGAGCGGGCUUGAGACUAUGGGCAACCUUGCCGUCCCUGCGGCGCCCCAUUUCAUUGUCGGGCUGGAGAUGGAGGCGUCCUUGAGCAAGCUCAAGGAGCAGCUGCUUAAGGAGGGAGUCUCUGUGAUUGUUGUGACUGCCCCAGGCGGCUGCGGGAAGACCACUCUGCUUAAGAAAUUGUGUCAUGAAGUGGCAAUUGAAGGCAAAUUUGAGGACAAAAUCAUGUUCGUCCCUGUCUCGAAGAAGCCCAACCUGAGAGAUAUUGUCCAGAAAAUGUAUCAACAUAAUCGUUUCAAGGUACCCGAGAUUAAAUCAGACGAGGAUGCAGUUCAUUGCUUGCAGCAACUUGUCAACAAAAUAGGACAAAAUCCUGUGUUACUUGUGCUGGACGAUGUCUGGAAGGAAUCGGAAUCCAUCAUCGACAAAUUUGUCUGCGAUGAUAUCAAAGAUUACAAGAUUGUGGUGACAUCAAGAUACGAGUUUCCUCGUUUUCGUCCUGUGCAUCACCUGAACCCACUAACUCAUGACGAAGCCAUGGAACUUUUUCGUCAAUGUGUUACUGUCGAUGAUAGAAGCAUGGGUGCACCAGAUGCUAAGCUCUUGAAUCAGAUAGUGGAACACUGUAAGCGAUUGCCAUUGGUUAUUAAAGUCGUUGCCAAGUCUCUCCGAGGAAAGGAUUAUGCAUUCUGGAGAAAAAAGCUUCAUGAAUUGUCCGAAGGUCAUUCCCUUCUUGAUUUGGACAACGAGAUACUAGCUUGCCUCAAAAAGAGCUUGGACGACUUGGAUGGUGACCCCUUGAUCAAGCAACGUUUCAUGGACCUCGGCUCAUUUCCAGAGGAUUGCAAGAUCCCCGCCACUGCCCUUAUUGAUAUGUGGGUGGAAUUGUACAAGCUAGAUUCCGAUGGUGUGCGCGCCACUCCUGACCUCCAUGAACUCGAUUACAGGAACCUAGCUGAUCUCGUAGUACCCAGGAGAGAUUCAAGAGACGACGACGAAUCUUACCGUAGCCACUAUGUUAUGCAGCAUGAUCUGCUCAGAGAGCUGGCUAUCAUGGAGUGCAACCAGGGGGAAGUAGAGAAGAGAGAGAGACUCAUUCUGGACUUGAUGGGAAAUAACUUUCCCAACUGGUGGAGAGAGCAAAAGCAGCAACCUCUCCGUGCUCGUCUAGUGUCCAUCUCCACAGAUGGAAAAUUCUCAACACCUUGGCUAAAUCUCGAAUUGCCUGAAGCUGAGGCUCUUGUCUUGAAUUUCCAGACCAACAUGCAAACCAAAACCUAUGCUUUGCCUGAAUUCAUCGCGAAGUCCCACAAGCUCAAGGCCCUGAUAGUAACAAACUACAGUUUCUUUCCCGCUGAGUUGGGCAAUUUCCAUGUCAUCGAGUCCAAUUUAAGGAGGAUCCGGCUUGAGCGCGUCACGGUUCCUUUCCUAAGCAUGGGAAAAAUACGCUUGCACAGUUUAAAAAAGAUAUCCUUUUUCAUGUGCGAUAUCAGUCAGACUUCGACAUCGAACGACGCCAAAAUCUCAGAUGCAAUGCCAAACUUGGAGGAGCUCGACAUUGACUAUUGCAACGAUCUUGUGACAUUACCGGAUGGCAUCUGCGAGAUAAAGCCUUUGCGGAAGCUUAGCAUCACAAACUGCCAUAGUUUCUCCGCUCUCCCCGAACAACUCGGGCAAUCGGCAUCCCUCGAAGUAAUCAGGCUUAACUCCUGCACAAACUUGUCGCGGUUUCCAGACUCGAUUAGAAGCCUCCAAAACUUGAGAUUUCUCGAUAUAUCUGAUUGCCUAAAUCUAAGCGCCUUGCCUGAUCAAAUUGGUCAAGUGGUUAAUCUCGAGAGGAUAAACAUGAAAGGGUGUCUGAGGUUGUCUGGGUUGCCAAGGUCGAUCGUGAAGUUAAGGAACUUACAAAAGGUGGUUUGUGAGAAUGAAAAAGCCGUCAUGUGGGGGCCUCUUCAGGACACUCUCACUGGCUUGGAGAUAACUCUGUUUGAAGAAGAAGCUAGCUUAGAUUGGCUGCAUGAUUAAGACGGGGUAAUGAUAUCGACAGUGCAUGGACUUUAUUUCAAUAUUGAACUUUGUUU